AUGGCAAAGACAAAGCCAGCAGCUUCUCCCAAGGAGGACAAGACAGCCACCCCAGCCCGCGGAUCUCGUGGAGCCGCUGGAGGUGUCACCAAGCCCGAGGGAACCGUCACGCGUGGCCGUGGUCGUCCUCGAAAGGAUGGUGCCGUAGGUCAGCCCAAGCCCGCAUACGUGCCCACUGGCCGCCCUCGCGGUCGCCCCAAGGGAAGCUUCAAGUCGGCGGCUGGCGCCAAGCGCGCUGCCAAAGCGGCUGAUAAGCCAGCAACCCCCAGGGUGGCUGGGCGUACUCGCGGACGACCUCGCAAGUCGGACGUGGAAGCUAGCGCCGCAACAACUCCCAAGUCCGCGACCAAGAGGGGAAGAAAAGCAUCAAAGGCAGUUGAGGAAGAGCCCGAGGAGGAGGCCGAUGAGAAAGACGCCGACGAGAAAGAUGCCGACGAGGAGCAGGAUGAAGAGGACGAAGCAAACAAGCAGAUUGAAGACGAGGCCAAUGACGAUGCUGAAGCCAGCGAGUAA